AUGACUACCCAGGGGCCAGCAGAUCAUCCCUUCGAAUUGAUUCAAACACCUACAUCACAGCUCCGCCAAUCUCCAGUUACUUUAGCAGAUACAAUGUGGCUAACUUAUUCUGAGCCCAACCAAUUCCAUCGGUGUGCUUCCGAAAUGGCAUGCGUUCACAACAUGAUGCUGCGGGGUUUGAAUAGCAUCUAUCUCCAAGCCCCAUAUAUUAAGGCUCAAGACGAGAAGUCCUUCCUACACUACAGUGCUUGCUUCUACCAGUUAGUCCACGUCCACCACGAUGGGGAGGAAAAGAUGCUAUUUCCGCUCAUUGAAGAAAUGAGCGGAGAGAAGGGCAUUAUGCAGCACAACGUCGAACAGCACCAUACCUUUGAUGAGGGCCUCGAGAAAUAUAUCAAAUACAUUCGAGACUGCUUAGAUGGCAAAGAGGCGUAUCAAGGGUCGAAUCUAAUUGCCAUAGUUGAUGAGUUUGGUCAAAAUCUAGCUGAUCACCUGCACGAGGAAAUAAUGACUAUCCUUGGGCUGGAGAAGUAUAGGGAUAAGAUGAAGAGUUUAGAAGAAACUUUCGAGAAAUUCGCGAACAAGGAUACAGCACAAUUGCCUCCUGCUGGGACCCUUAGCUGGGGAUUUUUCAAUCAUGACAGAGGAUAUGAAAAUGGCCUCUGGAAAAACUGGCCACCUGCUCCGGCGCCAGUUGUCUUUAUGGUGCGAUAUGUUUUGUUCUGGGUGCACUCAGACUGGUGGCAGUUUGCCUCAUGUGAUAAGUAUGGAAAGCUUAGAGAAAGGCUUUUCACAUAA